AACUGGUGCAUCAAAAUGGUGUGUAAUCCUUGGUUUGAGUGUGUCAGCAUGAUGGUGAUUCUACUGAACUGUGUUACCCUGGGGAUGUACCAGCCUUGUGAUGAUAUGGACUGCCUCAAUGACCGGUGCAAGAUCUUGCAGGUAUUUGAUGAUUUCAUCUUCAUCUUCUUUGCAAUGGAGAUGGUGCUGAAGAUGGUGGCCCUUGGGAUCUUUGGCAAGAAGUGUUAUCUUGGAGACACCUGGAAUCGCCUGGAUUUCUUCAUUGUGAUGGCUGGGAUGGUGGAAUAUUCCCUGGACCUCCAAAACAUUAACUUGUCUGCAAUCCGUACUGUCCGUGUCCUGAGGCCCCUCAAAGCCAUCAACCGGGUGCCUAGCAUGCGGAUCCUGGUGAAUUUGCUCCUGGACACCCUGCCCAUGUUGGGGAAUGUUCUGCUUCUCUGCUUCUUUGUCUUCUUCAUCUUUGGCAUCAUCGGAGUACAGCUGUGGGCUGGUCUGCUCAGGAACCGCUGUUUCAUGGAGGAGAACUUCACAAUACAAGGCGACAUCAUUCUCCCCCCCUACUAUCAACCCGAGGAGGACGAUGAGAUGCCCUUCAUCUGCUCCCUGUCAGGAGACAAUGGCAUCAUGGGGUGUCAUGAGAUCCCCCCGCUGAAGGAGAGGGGCCAUGAGUGCUGCCUGGACAAGGAUGACUAUUAUUACUACAACUCCAUCAGGCAGGAGUUCAAUGUCAGUGAUGUGUGUGUCAACUGGAACCAGUACUACAACGUGUGCCGCACAGGCAAUGCCAACCCACAUAAGGGUGCCAUCAACUUUGACAAUAUCGGCUAUGCCUGGAUCGUUAUAUUUCAGGUGAUCACACUGGAAGGGUGGGUGGAGAUCAUGUAUUAUGUGAUGGAUGCUCAUUCGUUCUACAACUUUAUCUACUUUAUCUUGCUGAUAAUCGUGGGCUCUUUCUUCAUGAUCAACCUGUGCCUGGUGGUCAUAGCCACUCAGUUCUCUGAGACCAAGCAGCGGGAGCACCAGCUGAUGCAGGAACAGCGAGCGCGGUACUUGUCCUCCAGCACCGUAGCCAGCUACACCGAACCAGGAGACUGCUACGAGGAGAUCUUCCAGUACGUCUGCCACAUCGUGCGCAAAGCCAAGCGUCGCACACUUAGCCUCUACAACACCCUGCAGGACCGACGCCAGGGCCGGAUGGAGCCAGGCAGUGCCAAGCUCGGUGUGAAUGGGAAAGGACAGAGACACUAUAGUAAGAAUCCCACGGGCAAAGCUGGGAAUGUCAGGAACUUAGGGGAGGAGCAUUGCGCAACUUUAAACGAGCCAUGCAGCGGAGGAAAUAAUUCUUCCCUACGGUGGCAUUGCCGGAAACACAACUCUCUCAAAUACACUCCUCAUGCCCUCGUCCAGCCCAUUGCUGUGACCCUGACCUCUGACCCCAACAACUGCCCCAGAUGUCACAGGGUGCAGUGUGAGGCAGCCCGGAGGCUCUCCAUCCUGGACAGUGCUGAUUCGGACCAGGAGGAAGGAGGGGCCGACGAAGAGCAAGGAGAAGGAAGAAGAGGAAGCGAGGGUGCCUCAGAUCUGGAGAAAGAGGAAGAGGAGGGGGAAGAGGGCGGAUGGCUGAGGCUCUGUGGUGACCUGUGGCGAGAAGUGAGAGUCAAACUAAGGGGGAUUGUGGACAGCAAGUAUUUCAACCGUGGGAUCAUGAUAGCCAUCCUAGUAAACACCAUCAGCAUGGGCAUUGAGCACCAUGAACAGCCAGAAGAACUGACUAACAUCUUGGAGAUCAGCAAUGUUGUGUUCACCAGCAUGUUUGCCCUGGAGAUGAUCCUGAAACUCGCCGCGUUUGGCCUCUUUGAUUACCUCCGCAAUCCCUACAACAUCUUCGACAGCAUCAUUGUCAUCAUCAGCAUUUGGGAGAUCAUUGGCCAGUCAGAUGGGGGGCUGUCAGUGCUGAGAACUUUCCGCCUCCUGCGGGUGCUGAAGCUCGUGCGUUUCAUGCCUGCUCUGCGACGCCAGCUGGUGGUGCUGAUGAAGACCAUGGACAAUGUGGCCACCUUCUGUAUGCUCCUUAUGCUCUUCAUCUUUAUAUUCAGCAUCCUGGGAAUGCACAUCUUUGGGUGCAAAUUCAGCCUCCGGACAGACACCGGAGACACUGUCCCUGACCGGAAGAAUUUCGACUCCCUGCUCUGGGCCAUCGUCACUGUGUUCCAGAUCCUGACCCAGGAGGACUGGAAUGUUGUGCUGUAUAAUGGCAUGGCCUCCACCUCACCAUGGGCAUCCCUUUACUUUGUGGCCCUCAUGACCUUUGGCAACUAUGUCCUCUUCAAUCUGCUGGUGGCUAUCCUGGUGGAGGGCUUCCAGGCUGAGGGUGAUGCCAACCGGUCGUACUCGGACGAAGAUCAGAGUUCAUCAAACAUGGAGGAAUUUGACAAAUUCCUGGACAGCCGGGAUGGCUCAGGAGAUCCCAGGCUCUGUGCAAUUCCCAUGACCCCAAAUGGACACCUUGACCCCACCCUACCUUCUUCCAACCAGCCAGUGGCAGCUGGUGGGGUCACAAGUUCCGCCCGGAAUUCCCUGCAGCCAGACCAGAUCCUCAUUGCCCUGGGUUCCAGGAAGAGCAGUGUGAUGUCACUGGGGAGAAUGACCUACGACCAGAGGUCACUGUCUAGCUCUCGCAGUUCUCACUAUGGUGCAUGGGGCCGCAGUGGGGCCUGGGGGAGCCGUCGCUCCAGCUGGAACAGCCUGGCUCGGGGACACAGCCUAAAACACAAGCCUCCAUCUGCCGAGCAUGAAUCUCUGCUGUCUGGGGAAAGGCACAGGGUGGCGGAUGGAGAACGAGAGGGGAUGGGAAGGGCCCCUCAUCACCGGCGGACGCUCUCCCUGGACACCAAAGAUUCCUGUGAUCUGGUGGAGCUGACGUCAUCAGUCCCAUCCAGUCACAGGGCGGCGCGGAAGGUGGGUGUGGCUCUGGGCACCAGUGAGCACCAGGACUGCAAUGGCAAAAUGCCCAAUAUCGCUAAGGAGAUUUUCCCGAAGAUGGACAACCGCAAGGAACGUGGAGAGGACGAGGAGGAGAUAGACUAUAGCCUGUGUUUCCGCAUCCGGAAGAUGAUAGAUGUCUACAAGCCAGACUGGUGUGAGAUACGGGAGGAUUGGUCCAUCUAUCUCUUCUCUCCACAAAACAGGUUCCGCAUCCUCUGCCAAACCAUCAUUGCUCACAAGCUCUUUGACUACGUUGUUCUGGCCUUCAUCUUCCUGAACUGCAUCACCAUUGCCCUGGAGAGACCACAGAUCGAGCAUCGGAGCACCGAGAGAAUCUUUCUGACCGUAUCCAACUACAUUUUCACGGCAAUCUUCGUAGCUGAGAUGACACUAAAGGUGGUCUCUCUAGGCCUAUAUUUUGGGGAGCAGGCCUAUCUCCGCAGCAGCUGGAACAUCCUAGAUGGCUUCUUGGUCUUUGUGUCCCUCAUUGACAUUGUGGUCUCAGUGGCCUCUGCUGGAGGAGCUAAAAUUUUGGGGGUGCUCCGGGUCCUCCGACUGCUGCGCACCCUACGUCCUCUCAGGGUCAUCAGCCGUGCCCCAGGCCUGAAGCUGGUGGUGGAGACACUCAUCUCAUCCCUCAAACCAAUUGGGAACAUUGUCCUCAUUUGCUGUGCCUUCUUUAUCAUCUUCGGCAUCCUGGGUGUGCAGCUCUUCAAGGGGAAGUUCUACCACUGCCUCGGGGUUGACAUCCGUAACAUCACCAACAGGUCUGACUGUGUGGCCGCCAAUUACAAGUGGGUACACCAAAAGUACAACUUUGACAACCUUGGACAGGCCCUGAUGUCCCUCUUCGUUCUAGCCUCCAAAGAUGGUUGGGUCAAUAUUAUGUAUAAUGGACUAGAUGCUGUGGCUGUUGACCAGCAGCCAGUGACCAACAACAACCCCUGGAUGCUCCUUUACUUCAUCUCGUUCCUCCUCAUUGUCAGCUUCUUCGUACUCAACAUGUUUGUGGGAGUGGUGGUGGAGAACUUCCACAAGUGCCGGCAGCACCAGGAGGCAGAGGAGGCACGCCGGCGGGAGGAGAAGCGUCUCAGGCGCCUGGAGAAGAAGCGCAGGAAGGCGCAGCGCUUGCCGUAUUAUGCCACCUACUGCUCUGUUCGCCUCCUCAUCCAUUCGGUCUGCACCAGCCACUACUUGGACAUCUUCAUCACCUUCAUCAUCUGCCUCAACGUCGUCACCAUGUCCCUGGAGCACUACAACCAGCCAGUGUCUCUUGAGACUGCCCUGAAGUACUGCAACUACAUGUUCACCACAGUCUUUGUGCUGGAGGCGGUUCUGAAGCUGGUGGCGUUUGGACUGCGACGAUUCUUCAAAGACCGGUGGAACCAGCUGGACCUGGCCAUUGUGCUGCUAUCUGUCAUGGGCAUCACGCUGGAGGAGAUUGAAAUCAACGCAGCUCUCCCCAUCAACCCCACUAUCAUCCGCAUCAUGAGGGUGCUGCGCAUUGCCCGAGUGCUGAAGCUGCUGAAGAUGGCAACAGGGAUGCGGGCGUUACUGGACACAGUUGUGCAAGCUCUGCCGCAGGUGGGGAACCUCGGACUGCUCUUCAUGCUCCUCUUUUUCAUCUACGCUGCUCUAGGAGUGGAGCUCUUUGGGAAGCUGGUGUGCAAUGACGAGAACCCCUGUGAGGGCAUGAGCCGCCAUGCCACCUUUGAGAACUUUGGGAUGGCCUUCCUCACGCUCUUCCAGGUCUCCACUGGCGACAACUGGAAUGGAAUCAUGAAGGAUACCCUGCGGGACUGCACCCAUGAUGACCGGAGUUGCCUCAGCAACCUGCAGUUCAUCUCGCCACUCUACUUUGUCAGCUUCGUGCUCACAGCACAGUUCGUUCUCAUCAACGUGGUGGUAGCUGUGCUUAUGAAACACCUCGACGACAGCAACAAGGAAGCGCAGGAGGAUGCGGAAAUGGAUGCCGAGAUUGAGCUUGAGAUGGCACAUGGGCUCUGCCCCCGCAGCAUGGGCUCCCCGAGCUCAGGACGGGGAGGAGGAGGUGGAGGAGGUGGGAGAGUGGACCCUGAAGGACAUCUGUGCAUGAGAUGUUUCUCUCCAGCACAGGAGAACUUAUGGCUGGACAGUGUCUCUUUAAUUAUUAAGGACUCCUUCGACGGGGAGUUAAUGAUCAUCGAUAACCUAUCGGGCUCCGUCUUCCAUCAUUACUCCUCGCCGGCCAUGUGCGAGAAGUGUAACCAUGACAAGCAAGAGGUUCAGCUGGCUGAAAUGGAAGGCUUAUCCCUCAACUCAGACAAGUCUUCUUCCAUCUUGCUAGGGGAUGAUUUAGACAAUCGAAGCAUCUGUCAGUUGAGUCCUAAGGAGACCAAGGAUGGCCAGAACAGUCCUGACUCCAUGGGCAUGGGAGAGUUGGGGGAAUGUUUCUUCCCAUUAACAACUACAGGUGCUUCUCCAACUCCGGAAAGUUACUUGUGUGAAAUGGAGAAAAUCCCUUUUAACCCCGUCCAGUCCUGGCUGAAGCAUGAGAGUAAUCAAGUUCCCCCCAGACCCUUCUCUCCAGGUACAUCCAGGCCACUGUUACCUGUACCAGCGGAGUUUUUCCACCCAGCCAUCUCUGCCACCCAGACUGGGCAGGAGAAGGUUUCCUGUCCACGCAGCCUUCCUAAAAUCUCUCUGCAGGGUUCAUGGGCAUCACUGCGAUCCCCAAGUGUGAACUGCUCACUACUCCACCAGGCCACGGAGAGUGACACCUCCCUCGAUGACAGCAGGAGCAGUAGCUCAGAAGGCAGCUUGCAGACCACCCUGGAGGACAGCUUGAACCUUAGCGACUCACCCCAGUGCACUCUGGACCUCCCGAUGGCACUGUGCCCGAUGCCAACGGCUGCCACCCAAAGAACCAUGGCAGCUCCGCUUUCCCCUGCAUCCCGGAGGCGGAACCUGCGGGGCCGUGGGAUAUUCAGCCUGCAGAACAUCAGGCGGCAUCAGCGGAGCCACAGCAGCGGAGGGAGCACAAGCCCUGGGUGCACUCAUCAUGACUCCAUGGACCCUUCUGACGAGGAGGGUGCGGGGAGCAGCCUGAGGGGUGGCAACAACAGCGAGCAGUCAGAGACCCUCAGCAGCCUCUCCCUGACAUCCCUUUUCUCCCCACCCCCACCGCCCCCGGGCCGGGCCCUUGUAAAGAAGUGCAACAGCACAAGCAGCCUCAGCGCCAACUCCUCCUCCCGAGGGCCCACCACCAAUGAAGCCAAGUCAUUCUACUCGGUUGACCCCCGGGGGUUCCUCUCCAUGCCCUCCUGGGUGACGGACUUCUGCAAGGACACCCCCUCGCCGGGUGAUGGUGAGGGGUCGGACAGCCCCGAUAAACUGGGGACGGCAGACCGCAGCUCCCCACUCCCUUCUGAGCUGGAGCUGGGCAAUGGAGUCAGCAAGAGGAACAGAUGAGGGUCCCUGGGGUAGGGAGGGGAGCGAGCAGCGUGGGCAAGGGUGCGCCUUGUGCUACCAUUUCCCAGCAGCAAUUCCAAAGGAUUGUGGG